UUUCUUGUAAAAAGUCUUAUGGAUUAGAAGUCGUUUCUUACCUCUUUCCGCGUCUAUAUAUAUAUAUAUAGAUUAUAGUUAUUGAGUUUGGAAUGAAGAAAAAUCCAUCAACACAAAUCCCCCAACCCCAAUCAUCUUUCUAUCCAAUCGAGAAAAAUGGAGAAAGAAAAUGCGAGGGAGAAGAAAAAGUCAACAGAAUCGAGCAAUAAUCGUGUGAUCUGGGAUUGCGGCAGCUCGCUCUACGACUCGUUCGAGUUGAAAUCACUGCAAAAAGAGCUCGAUUCCGCCCUAGUCUCCAGAACUCUUUCAAUGCCCCAUUUAUCCGACCGCCGCCGCCCUCCCCCGCCGCCGGCGAACAGGAAGCAGGCGUCGAGGAUUUCCCGCUCUUUUCACAAGCUGAUCCGAGCAAUUUUCAGGCCAAAAAGCGCCAAAGAUUCGGGUUAUGAUGAGCAACCGGGAAAAGGAUUUUAUGUGGUUUAUGAUAGAUCAGCCCCUAAGAUGGCAGAAAUUCCGGAAUUCGAUGAGCUGUCGCCUGAAUUAAGGCCUCUUGUGAGAAGAUCAGCUUCAGCAAGGUUCACUUCUCUGGGAAUUACUUGCUCUUGAUGUUGUGUAGAAUUACUCUCUCGAUAGAUGUUCGAUCGUCAACAUCAACGGUUUUGUUAUUUUUUUACUUUGAAUAUUUUUAUUUUUAUUUUUGUUUUUUGGCAAAAACUACAAAAGGUUGAUGAAGUGGAGAUUGGUCAGAGGUAUGUAGGAAUAUGCUUGUCCAUAUUAUGUCAUCAGAAUAUUUUCUUUGAUUUUGUGCAUUUUUACCUAAUAAGAUUGUUUCAAUUCCAAAA